GUAGCCUUUGCCAAGGAUAAAAUCUGGACAGCAUUGUUUGAUAAGCUCAAACAAGCAUUGGAAAUUGUAAGUCAUAGAACUUAAACAGCAACAAUCAUGAGCACGAGCAACUCAGGUGAAGGCACCGGCAGUAGCAGCAGCGACACGGAUGAGGAGGAGGAGUCCUUUGACAACAGGUACUACACCUGUCUAGUGUGUAUGCGCACCGCUCGAUUGCCGCGCGUCACCUUUUGCGGUCAUGUCUUCUGCACCGAUUGCAUUGGCAAAUGGAUCACGUGGCAGGGCAGCUUCGCCAAGUGCCCGUAUUGCCAGUCCCGCGUGGGUAGCAAUACGCUGAUCACUGUGAAUCAUGCGAGGAAUGGCAUGCAUACACUUGGACGCUAUACACGCUGCAAAUCGAUUGCACAGCAUCGCCAUUUUGCUGAAUCAAUUGCCAUGUAUGCAACGGUGCCGGAGACAUCCAUGUUUCUGGGCGCCUACAUUGAGCGACCGCCGGAGCUGAUGCCGCGCAUCAAGCCUCUGCCGGAGCAGUUGUUGCGGGAUGUGUCCAAGCGUCAAAUACGACGCACCUUCCUGAAUGCGCCUGUCUAUCAGCGAGCCCUAAUUGUGGUCAUACUGUUUUAUAUGUUUGUCGUAUAUCUUAAUGCAGACGGCCCAAUAUAAGAAAUUUCAGAUCUGUUCCAUUUGUAGUUGAAAUGUUUGAAAUAGAUGCCCAAUAUAACCUGUA